GGAGGGGGAGGAGGAGCGCGCCCUUCCUCUGCGCCUGCGCCGUUCGCCCUUUCCUUUUCUGCCCUUUCGGCGCCCCAGACACGCGACCUCCGCCAUGGGACACCAGCAGCUCUACUGGAGCCACCCCAGGAAGUUCGGCCAGGGAUCGCGAUCCUGCCGCGUGUGCUCCAACCGGCACGGACUGAUCCGCAAGUACGGCCUCAACAUGUGUCGCCAGUGCUUCCGCCAGUACGCCAAGGACAUCGGUUUCACUAAGUUGGAUUAAUUCUACAGAAAUAAUUGAAGAUGGUUUGAAAAGACAUAGGAAGAGAUUGGCACAGCUGGAAGACUGGGCUGGACAAGAGUCUCUCGCCAGACUUCUACUGUGCAACUCUAUACAAUAGAAGUACUGGGCUUCGUUUAUUCCAGUCAUUGCAAUGUUUCUUAUUAAUAUGUUACAAUCACCAUAAUUCUAGCCAUAUUGACAUGUCAUCUGUAGCAUAUGUAUGAGAAUCUAUUUUUGGAGGUUCUUAAAUAAAAAAAGACUUAAAAUCCAAA